AUGACUAACCGUUUGUUUGUGAAGUUCGUCGUUGAGAUCGCCGCAACCCUCUUUAUCCUAUCUACUGUGAUCGUGAGAUCCAAGCCCACCUUCCGUUCAUCCUGUGUUGGAUGUCUUCAUGGCAAGUCUGCACUCGAUACAUUGUAUGGUGAUCUUUUGGUAUUCGCUCAGGUAAAGACUGAUCGAAUCUGCUCCAUCAAACGACAUGAUAGAGAAUCAGCUGAGGACAGGUGCUCCCGCCCGGUUAACAACAAAAUUGCCGACUCCUGGACUGAUGGAGGCGCCAAGUUGGAAGGACUGUCAAGAAGGAUGGCAUUCAAAGAGAAGGGGCGCUACCCAAACCUGAUCCGUCUCCCUUCUGGCUGGAUCGCCUUCAUGGUGGUUGAUCUGAAUAGUCUUCGAGCCAGCGAGUGCCACAAUAUUGCCGAAUUGGGUUAUCGUAAUGGCUACUUGGAUUCUACCUCCGCCUUAAACUUGUAUGUUUGA